AUGUUAACUUUUCUUAUUUUUCUACAUUUUAUUUUCCAAUUAAAUUUGUAUGGAGUUUUAUGUCAAAAUAUUUCAAAUAACUCCACACUAACAACUAACAGUAUUUUAACAACAACAACAAUUGUAGCACCAACAACGACAACACAACCACCUUCACAGAUACUAUCUGCUUCGUCUUUGCCACAACUUCAAAUAAAAAUUGGUUUGUUAGGAGCAAAUGCCAGUCAGUAUAGACCUGCUUAUGGUUUUGGACAAAGUGUUCCAGCAAUUUCUAUUGCUAUACAGAGAGCUAGAAAUGAACAUUUAAUUGAUUUUGUUAAUUUUACAUUUACUUGGUUAAUGUGUGAUUGUGAUCAAGUACUUGCUGUUGGAUAUUCUAAUAAAUUAAUUCUUGACCAAGAUGUUGAUGUUAUUAUUGGGCCUCCGUGUGUUACAUGUAAAUAUUCUUUCAAAAAUGACCUAAAAUUUAUCAUAUUUUCCCUAAAUUUCUGGAUUAACUUCUAG